CUCAUUUCUUCUCCCACUUCACAGCACCAGAACAAAUGGCUUUGACAUUACGGUCUUCUACUUCUUUCAUCAAUCCAAAAGACACCAAAGGCCUCAAAACUCCAGACAUCUCCAGCUCAAUUUUCUUCACACCAAGCAAGCCUCCAUGCAGUAUCCGAGCAAAGAUCCCAACGCAAGAAGCACAUCUCUGCCAUGAGAAUGCCAUGGUAUCAGAAGGAAGGAAAAAUCAAGUCCUUCAUGGGCUGCCAACACCACAUAAUAAAAAUGGUUCAAGGGUGCCAGUGUUUGUCAUGUUGCCCCUUGACACAGUCUCCUUCGGAGGGAACUUGAACAAGCCACGUGCCAUGAACGCUAGCUUGAUGGCUCUGAAAAGUGCAGGAGUGGAAGGAGUCAUGGUAGACGCUUGGUGGGGGUUGGUGGAGAAAGAUGGACCUAUGAAGUAUAACUGGGAAGGGUAUGCUGAGCUUGUGCAGAUGGUGCAAAGGCAUGGACUAAAGCUCCAAGUUGUCAUGUCUUUUCAUCAGUGUGGAGGGAAUGUUGGAGACUCUUGCAGCAUUCCGCUGCCUCCAUGGGUUCUUGAAGAAAUCAGCAAGAAUACGGAUCUUGUCUAUACAGACAGGUCAGGCCGGAGAAAUCCAGAAUACAUCUCAUUGGGUUGUGAUUCAAUACCUGUGCUCAGAGGACGAACACCCAUCCAGGUCUAUUCUGAUUAUAUGAGGAGCUUCCACAACCGAUUCAAAGAUUAUUUAGGCGGGGUUAUUGCGGAAAUUCAAGUGGGGAUGGGCCCCUGUGGAGAGUUGAGAUAUCCAUCUUAUCCAGAAAGCAAUGGGACUUGGAGAUUUCCUGGAAUUGGGGAAUUCCAAUGCUAUGACAAGUACAUGAGAGCUUCACUGGAAGCAUCAGCAGACGCAGUGGGGAAGAAAGAUUGGGGAAGAAGUGGCCCUCAGGAUGCUGGCCACUACAACCAGUUCCCUGAAGAUACCGGGUUCUUCAGGAGAGACGGUACAUGGACCGCAGAAUACGGACAGUUCUUCCUAAAAUGGUACUCUGGAAAGCUACUUGAGCAUGGAGACAGAAUCCUAGCAGCUGCCGAAGGAAUAUUCCAGGGAACUGGAGCAAAACUCUCAGGAAAAGUAGCUGGAAUUCACUGGCAUUACAAAACAAGGUCUCAUGCGGCUGAAUUAACUGCUGGAUACUACAACACCAGAAAUCAUGAUGGCUACCUCCCCAUAGCCAGAAUGAUGGGCAAAUAUGGAGUUGUAUUGAACUUCACAUGCAUGGAGAUGAAGGACAGGGAGCAGCAAGGGCAUGCAAAUUGCUCCCCAGAAGGCUUGGUCCGGCAAGUAAAGAUGGCGACUAAGACUGCAGGAACAGAACUUGCUGGAGAGAAUGCACUGGAGAGGUAUGAUUCCAGCGCCUAUGCACAAGUUUUGGCAACAAGCAGGUCAGAUUCUGGCAAUGGGUUGAGCGCAUUUACAUAUCUAAGAAUGAAUAAAAGGCUGUUCGAAGGGGAUAAUUGGCGAAGCUUGGUCGAAUUUAUAAGGAACAUGUCAGAAGGCGGCCGGAACAGACUUCCAGAGUGUGACUCUAGCGGGACAGACCUUUACAUUGGAUUUAUCAAAAAGAAGAAAGAUGUUGCGAAGACAAUGGAGGCAGCUCUUGUGUAAACAAAUAUGUGCCUGUUUAUAUGUGAUGGUGCAUAGUUUUAAUGCGUUGCAAGGUAGGGGAGAAAAGGAAGAUAGAGCAAAAAAAAUCAUAUAUAUGCUUUUACAUACAUAGCCUAGUUUUGGCAAAAUCUGCCAAGGCUAGAAAAGAAUAAAAAGGAGUUUCCCACUCUCCAUGUCAUAAGCCAGUUUUAUUACAGUCCUGGCUAGAGAGAAGUGGAAGUUAGUUCAUCAUUUCAAGGGUUGCUUGUCUUAAGUCUGAACACAGUGAUUGAAUCACUUAAUAUGUUUCUUUUGAAUUUUAAUGGAUCUAUUUCUUAUCCUUA